UUCUUAACUAAUUUGUCAAGAGCUGAGCUGCGGCGUCUAAAUCGGAUCCGCCAAACGGAACCGAAGACUCAAACCAAAACCGCGGCUACGAAUUGGCGCCUCGGCUUUCCUCCGCAUGGCAGACCUGCCAUCCUGGGAUGCUCCACUGGCGCCGUCCCCGCGGGACGCAGCUCACUGCGGAGCUGCGUGUGCCGACUACGCACGAGAGCUCGCGUUGUGAUGUCGUAGUCCACUCUUGCACUCUACUGACACAACACGUCCCGUUCGGCCUCUUAUUGCACAAUGGCCAUCCUUCGCGUCGCGCCGACGCGUGCACAGCGCGCUAUCAACCUGCUCAGAGCAGUGAAUUCAGGAACAUGCUCGUGUCCAGCCCAUGCCAAUCCUGGACAUCAUCACCACCCGCAUAGUCCUUAUGCUGGUCGAAUGCGGAAACUUGCUACACCAGUCGAUCAAUCUCAGCAGAAAGAAUAUGCGUUCGAAAUGGCGGCUUCCAGUAUUCGAUUCGGUCCAGGAUGCACCAAGGAAGUUGGCAUGGACUUUACCAAUCUCGGAGCCAAGAAAGUCAUGGUCGUGACAGAUUCCACCGUUUUGAAGCUGGACGCCAUGAAACAGGUCGUAGAAGGCCUUGAGCGCGAGGGCAUUGCAUACGAUGUCUAUGAAAAAGUCAAAGUUGAGCCCAAAGACUACUCGAUCCGGGAAGCAAUCGAUUACGCCAAACCGUACCAGCCCGAUGCUUUUCUCGCUGUGGGAGGUGGUAGUGUCAUUGACACGGCCAAGCUUAUGAACUUGUACACGACCUUUCCGGACGCCGAAUUCCUCGACUUUGUCAAUGCGCCGCUCGGCAAAGGCCAGCCCAUCACUUCAAAGCUGAAGCCACUGAUUGCCGUUCCAACCACUGCAGGAACUGGAUCUGAAACCACAGGCACAGCCAUCUUCGAUCUCGUCAGCAAGAAAUCAAAGACUGGUAUCGCGCAUAGAAAUUUGAAGCCCACACUGGGCAUAUGCGAUCCUUACAACACCCGAACCAUGCCCUCCGCAGUCCACGCCUCUUCUGGUCUCGACGUUCUUUGCCACAGUCUGGAAUCCUGGACCGCCAUCCCAUACCACGAACGUGUACCACGACCCACAAACCCCAUCAACCGGCCGGCCUACCAAGGAGCGAACCCCAUCAGCGACAUUUUCUCUCUUCAGGCCCUGCGAGAUACCGUCAAGUACCUCCCCCGAGCGGUCAAAGAUCCAGAUGACUUUGAAGCACAAUCGAAAAUGCUUCUCGCCGCGACCCUCGCCGGUGUAGGUUUCGGAAAUGCAGGUGUGCACCUGUGCCACGGCAUGUCCUAUCCCAUCUCAAGCCAGAAUCCAGGAUAUCAGCACGCAGGCUAUCAAGUACAAACUCCCAUCAUCCCUCACGGAGUCUCAGUCGCCGUGAGCGCUCCUGCCGUAUUCAAGUUCACUGGCGCCUCGAACCCGGAACGCCACUUGGCAGCUGCUGAAGCGUUCGGCGUGGAUAUCUCGAAUGUAAAGAAGGAGAGCGCGGGCGAAGUAUUGUCAGAGGCGCUGGCGAAAUUCUUGGUGGACUUGGGCGACCAACCGCGGGGUCUGAAGCAUUUGGGUUUCAAGAGUGAACACAUCGAUGCGCUGGUCGAAGGCACGAUGCCGCAAGCACGCGUGUUGAUGCUGGCACCAAACUUGGAGAUGCACGAUCAAUCCGCAGAGCGGGAACAACUGCGAGGCUUGUUUGAGGAUGCAAUGGAAUACUGAGUCUCAGUGUAACAAGAUGAAAUUACUGAUGUACAGAGCCGCUUUUUGCCAACGACCAUUGCUCAUCUUGUUCAUGAGUCUCACUC